AUGCCAAUAGAAUCACUUCAUUGCGCCCACCUCGUUCCAUGGCAAGACCCGCUCCCCAAGGGUUGUCGAAGAAAAGUCGACGGCAAGGACUGUGACAUGUUCACAGAAAUCAUGUUCGGAGACGAAGACAGCGCAUAUUGCCAUAUCUGUGCCUCUGUUUACGAGCAAAGGAUGCUUUUGGGCCCACGAUAUCGAACAACCGCGCUUUUUACAUGCCCGGGAGGAAACUGUAACUCACAGCUUACAUUUCAACAACUUGUCGCUGGGAAAUGCUGUAAGAUAGGAGGCAACAGCGUGCAAAAAGUCCUUGAAGAUAGCCGAAAAACAUACUACGAUAAGAAAAUGAGCGAAGUUGGAAAGCAAGAACGAUUCUUCAAUCGCACCAAGACCCAUCUCCAAAAGCUGAAAAAAGAGAUGGAAAAGCUGGCGCAAAUCCUUGAGAUUCCUGAAUGA